AUGACCAUCGUCGAACACGCCAACAUCCAGAUGACGUCUGCGCUGGCCGCGGUCACGGCGCCGGCACCGCCGACCAAGCGCAAGAUGUACGCGCACCAGCUGGUCAAUGAGCUGGAGGAGAUCGAGAUCCAGGUCACAGUCGCGAUCAAGGACCGCCCGUUGCGCGAGCUGGACGCGCUCGACGAGCUCGUCGACGUCAAGUUCCUUUCUCCCUUCCGCGCUGGCUGGUCAAGCAUUAAGGCGAAGGGCGGCAAGUCGGCCAUCUACCGUGCUCGCAAGAUCAAGGUCGCCCAACUCGAGGCGUUGUACCGCGCCCUCUCCCUCCCGCGGCUCUCGACGCUGCACGUCGACUUCCCCGCCCACCUCGCAGCCUUCAUCCUCCCCCGCCUCGAGCCGAGUACAGAGGCACUGCAGCUGUCGCCCGUGCCGCCCAACGCGACGCCGGAACUCGUCUCCUUCCUCCUCCGCUGCUAUCACAAGGGCACCCGCGUGCUGCUGCUCGAGACAGAGGAUCCUGUCGCAUUCGACGCGGUGAAGCAGGCCUUCUCCAUCAUCCGCUACGAGUUUGAGGGCCGGUACACGCGCGUCGUGCUCAGCGAGAUGGACCCGAUGCCGUCCAUGGUGUCGGAGGCUUCGGGUCCGACGCCGCUGUCCACUCCCUCGAUGCUCACGCGCGGGUCUAGCGCGACGCCCUCGAUCGCGCCCUCGCUCUCGCCGCCGCUGCACACCCCUUAA